AUGGCAUGGCUGGGCAACCAGACCUCAGGCAGUGAUUUCAUCCUCUUGGAUCUGUUCCACGGCACCCCAGGGCCCUGGGUCCUCUUCACACUCAUGGUGCUGGAUCUCCUGGUGGCCCUGUUGGGCAACACCAUAAUAAUCAUCGUCAUCUGGGCUGACCCUCUUCUCCACACCCCCAUGUACUUUCUGCUCAGCCAGCUGUCCCUCAUGGAUCUCCUCUACAUCUGCAUGUUUGUCCCCAAAAUGGCGGUGGACUUUCUAUCUGGGGACCACCACAUCUCCUUCAUUGCAUGUAGCUUCCAGAUGUUCCUCUUCACCACCCUUGGUGGCUCAGAGUACCUUCUGCUGGGGGUCAUGGCUUAUCAUCUUGUGGCCAUCUGCCAGCCUCUGCGUUACCCCAUCCUCAUGUGUCCCAAGAUCUGUCUGCUCUUGGUGCUUGUGACCUGGCUGGGUGCAUUCUUCAAUGCCUUGAUCCAUGUGGUGUAUACUCUGACACUCCCUUUCUGUGCCUCCAGGGAAAUCCAUCAUUUCUUCUGUGAGAUCCCAGCACUCCUGAAAGUGGUCUGUGCUGACACUUCCCAGUACGAAAGGGUGUUUAUGUCACUGCUGUAAUUUUUCUCCUACCUCCCAUCUCAGCCAUUCUGGGCUCAUAUGGAAGCAUACUAUCCACUGUUCUGGGCAUGGGAACAGGCCAGGCUCUCAGGAAAACCUUGGC